AUGGACCCUGCGCCGACGGCAGGCCAAGUGUUUCGGGCGGUGGUGCAUACGGACGAUGCCGGAGCACAGUAUGAGGCGCGUGUGAAAGGGCGCAAGCUGCAAUUGUCCAACGUCGAGCGCGCUGCGCCGCUACCAGCGACACCGAUGCUGCAAGCAAAAGUUGCACGGGCCAAACGCCGCGCGCAGCCGACGGGGCAGCGGACGAAGAAGGGUGCGCCGCGGCUCGAUAUGCCAAAGACGAUGGCGUACGAGGAUGCACAGCGUGUGCAUGUACUCUGGGUAGAGUACGUGCGCGACUUGCUGGGACUCGACGAUGUGCAGGAGGCGGAGCGGAUCCUUGCCAGUCCGGCACAGGUCCAGCAGCUGCAAAAUACGCUGCUCAAGGCGGAUUGGACAGGCGCUCGCUUUGCGAUUGUGCAGUCGACGAAUCCCGCGCUUGUACAUCUGAACGGGGUCGUCCUCCUCGAGACGCACGAGAUGUUUUGGAUCUUGCCGGCGCCGAAAAAGGGGAGGGAAUCGGUGCAGACAAAGCUUUGUAUGGUGCCGAAGCGGAAUACCGUGUUUCGAGUCGUGCUUCCCAUAGGCAACGAGACAGCGUCACUGUCGCUGGACCUGUACGGGAACCAGAUGCGCUAUACCAUGCCUGCACGCAGCACACGAAAACACAAGGCACGCAAAACGAUUGAGCUGGGGUAG